AGCUCUCAAAGUCGCUGAAGCUCUGAGUCCGAGCGAAGCACCCUCGGCCGGCGAGUCAAACUCAACCAUGGAGCCCGGCGGCGCAGGCGAGGUGCGGCACUGGAGCGCUGAAGUCAACGGCGUCUCCCUCCACGUCGCCGAGCAGGGCCCCGCCGCCGGCCCGGCGGUGCUCCUCCUCCACGGCUUCCCGGAGCUCUGGCUCUCCUGGCGCCACCAGAUGGCCGCUCUCGCCGCCCGCGGCUUCCGCGCCCUCGCCCCCGACCUCCGCGGCUACGGCGACUCCGACGCCCCGGCAGACCCCGCCGCCUACACCAUGCUCCACGUCGUCGGCGACGUCGUCGCGCUCCUCGACCACCUCCGCCUCCCCAAGGUGCUGGUGGCGGGGCACGACUGGGGCGCGCAGGUGGCGUGGCACCUCUGCCUGUUCCGGCCGGACCGGGUGCGCGCCGUCGUCGCGCUGGGGAUCCCGUUCUUCCCCCGCUCCCCUCGUCCGAUGGCGGAUAUGUUCGCCGCGCGCGGCGAUGGGUUCUACAUCACGCAGUUCCAGGAGCCUGGAAGAGCUGAAAAGGCAUUUGCUCGGUACGACGUCGCAACUGUCCUAAAGAAGUUCUACUCCAUUGAAUUAGAUGACCUUGCUGCUCCUCCUGGAGUAGAGAUCAUAGAUUUUUUCGAGGCAUCAUCAUCCCCACUUCCUUGGAUGUCCGAGGAAGAACUGGGGCAGUAUGCCGAGAAGUUUCAGAAGUCUGGCUUCACAGGACCCCUCAACUACUACCGUAACAUGGACAUGAACUGGAGGCUUACUGCACCGUGGCAUGGGGCAAAGAUCACGGUGCCUGCAAAAUUCAUCGGGGGUGAGAAGGACAUCGGGGUCGAGUCCUUCGGAGUUAAGAGCUACAUCAAAAGCGGGGGUUUCAAGUCCAAUGUUCCAGACCUUGAGGUAUCCAUCAUUGAAGGCCACCAUUUCCUCCAGCAAGAGCAGGCCGAGAGGGUGAACUCUGAGAUACUGUCCUUCCUGGACAAGUUUUCUGGCGAGGAAGCGCAUAACUAAGAACUAAGCUGGUGAGGAGGCGCAUAACUGAGAACUGAGUAAAAGGAUAGUGUAAUGAGCUGGUUUUACAUUGUAAAAGUUGUCUUUUUCUAAACUGAAAUACAAAGCUGGUGGUCCUAUGUAAGUACUAAAAUAAAUGUCAAAGAUAGGUUUCAAUAAAGUGUACUGCUGUUGUCUUA